UAUGGAAUCGUUUCCACAUCGUAUCGUAUCGAUGUUUUUGCGAGUAAAUUUAAAUACUCAAAUUGGAAAUCAUUCAAUUUAAUUAAGUAUACACACAUACUCCGGCUUUCGACGGAAUUUAAAUUUGUAUGCCCUGAUUUUCGCAACUUUUUGUAUCGAUAGUGUUUCAUUCCGUAUCGAUACCCAUCAUCAGUUCGGACGGACGCUGGCGUUUGCAAUUUUCUAAUUGCAGUGCUCUGUCCAGAACUACAUUGAAAUCCUGUCGCAGCUUCACAUUCAAAUCUGUGGCUAUUGGACACGGUUGCGUCUGCGCAAUCCUUUUGAUAAUCUCAUCGUUCAUUCGUAAUAACGACUCGUGUGCUGUGUGGACGGACGUCUGGCGAGUGCAGUUGGCAAAUUAUAUUGAAAUCGCCCUAUAAAUUCCUAUAUCAGAAUGGGUAACCCCCACAAUAAGAAGUCGAACAAAAAAAAAUGCAAGGAACCCGGGAAAAAGAAUAAGCGGACACAGGAAAAAGAGCACGUGUCGGGUGUUUUAGACUAUGGGAUAUCAGAGGUGCAGAAAGGUGACGUCGUGCGUAAGCAGAAAUUCUACGAAGAUUUCGUCGAUUUUUAUGAGGGCGCUGGACUCGGGCCGAUCCAGCAAAGGAUCUUCUGCACCACCGUACCAGAUAAGGUGCUCGCGGACUAUGAGCAGACGUUCAAGACGAUCGGGAAGAUCACCAAGGAAAUGGUUGACUUUCGUAAGUAUGAAGUAUACGUGAUGCUCUAUCCCACUCUGGCCAUUGCUUACCUGCAAAUGGUGUGGAGCGGAAAGUUGCAGCGGGCUAUAUCCUUCGUGGGCAGGAACAAACACGAGCUGGACGACUCGUACAAGAGGCGCAUCGAGAAGCUCAAGCUGAUCCGCAAGCCACUGGACGUGCCACAAAGAGCCCUGGAACUGCUAUCUGGUGCGGACAAAGUGAAGUUCUGCAUGCUCACGAGCACCUUCAACCAAUUCAAGGAACUCGAAUGUCAGCUUUCGCCGAGUGGGCACCUGAAGCGGUUUUUGGACCACUUCGAAAUCCUAACUUACGCUGAUGACAAGAUACCCCAGGAGCAGACCCUCCGAGAUCGUCCUUUGCCCGCGCCAUUUGCCUGGGCUUCCAGGGACGUUAUUCCGGACUGUCCGUUCAACCGGAAAAAUCUGCCCAGCCUCAUCUUGAACAAUGCCAUGCCCUCGCCCAACGACGACGUUACUUGCGCGACGUUUUCAGCAGACCAUUGCACCGUUGCAUUUGGCACUAGCUCCGGCAGGGUCCACGUCGUGGCCGUGAACAAGGACUGGCAAGACGUGAACAGCCUGCGAAGGGAGACGUUGAUUUCCGCCCACCAGAAGCCGGUCCUGGCCUGCGCCUUUUCUCCUGGAGACAGCCACCUGCUCACCUCCUCGGCUGACCGCACCAUGCGGCUGUGGUGCACACGCACCGCGCUGUGCAAGACUGUCUAUGUUCACCACGGGGCCAUCUGUUUGGCGUUCGCCCCGAGGGGCUGCCACUUUGCCACCGCCUCAAACGACAAUGUGGCGCGCGUGUGGGGAGUGGACUCCACAGAGCCCCUUUUUGAAUUCUCGGGCCACUUGGCACGAUUGGAGAUUUGCCUCUUCCACCCGAAUGGAGAGUACCUGGCCACUGGAUCGGCAGACGCCACCGUCAGAAUCUGGGACUACGACACCCGCGCUCAAAUGCGGCUCUUCCGCGGCCACAGGGCCCCCAUCAAAGCCCUUGCGUACUCCGUGUGCGGGCGCUUCCUGGUCUCUGGUGGCCGAGAUGACCUGAUCAUUGUUUGGGACACAACCAACGAGCGAAUGCUACACUGCAUGAUAUGGCACAACGCAAUGAUUGAAUCGAUAGGUUUCUCCCACUGCAACAAUCUGAUGGUUGUUUGGGGCAAGGACUGCCACCUGAGUACUUUUGACUUUCAGCUUCUCGUCAGGUCCCCCGAGAUGGAGUUAUCAUCCACAAAAGCCAUCAUUGAUCAGUCGCUAAUCAGCACGGUUCAGUCCCCGCGAAAUCGAAUUUUCCUUAAAAGUGGCUUCGUCGAUCGCAAUCGCCUGGUUGCCAUUUGCAAGAUAAAUUCUUAAAAGAUAAAAGAGUUUAACGAAAAAAAUCAAAAUACUUUAAAUGCAGCGAAAUUAUGUAAACGAGUCGCCGCUUGGAACAAGGCGCUGGAUCGAGUCAUCGAUGGAAAGCACCGUCGACUCUAUGAAUGUACAUCCAUAAUUAUCCAACUUAAUUUUCUUUUCAUUUAUAUCAUAUAAACCUAAAUUUAUACAGCACAAUUUAAAUAACUCAUAGGAUCCCACUCAUUCUUUGAGCUAUGAGCUUCCAAAGUCUUCUAUGACUUUAUGUGCAAAUUUAUUUUGAUUUUUUGAAAAUUUCUUAAUAUUUCCCGCACUUUCUGAGUGGCCCCAAAGAGGGUAUUUAAAAUAGGGCAGACAAGCGCUAAAAAUGUUCAAUUGCACAACAAUUUAUUCAUCGGUAUAAAAACGAACAAAAGAAAAACAAACCAAAUUAGUUAAAUAAAAUUUCCAUUUCGUUAAAUAAAAACUGAAUAUCUCGCAUUGAAUUUUUUGCUUUUAGGAAAAUUUUCAAUGGCUUUUAUUUAUUAUUUUCCAUUGAGGACACACAUUUGGAUGAACAUGUGCAUAAUUGAUUACAAUGUUAUGGAGAUCCCCAAGGAAUGUGCCAUAUUUCAUUCUGAACAACUAUGUUGAGUCCAGACACAUUGUCCUUCUUUUACCUUCCCAAGUCUA